CAAAAACCUUUCCAACUUCCUUUCCUGCCAGCGUAGGCCGAAGAACAGCAUCAAAAUGGGCAAGUUUAUGAAGCCUGGUAAGGUGGUGAUGGUCCUCGCUGGACGCUACGCCGGCCGCAAAGCUGUCAUCGUUAAGAAUAUCGAUGAUGGUACGGCUGACCGGCCUUACAGCCACGCUCUGGUCGCUGGCAUCGACCGCUACCCCCGCAAGGUGACCACCACCAUGGGCAAGAAGAAGGUUGCCAAGAGGUCCAAGAUCAAGGCUUUUGUCAAGGUCUUCAACUACAACCACCUCAUGCCCACAAGAUACUCCGUGGACAUUCCCCUCGACAAAACUGUGGUCAACAAGGACGUCUUCAGGGAUCCUGCUCUAAAAUGCAAAGCCAGAAGGGAGGCCAAGAUCAAGUUUGAAGAGAGGUACAAGACGGGCAAGAACAAGUGGUUCUUCCAAAAGCUCAGAUUCUAAAUUCACUUGGUUUCAGUAAUAAAAAAUGUUAAUGUGA